AUGGCUGAAUUAAAAGGACCAACACCGUCAAAAGGAAGUAGUUCAGAAAAAAAGAAUGAGGAUGACUUAACAAAUGAAGACGACGCUUAUAAUGCCAUCUUUGGUGGAGAUUUGGGCUCUCUGGAAAUUGGGACCUAUAUUGGUGCAGGUGGAGAUGAAGGGCACACACAUCACUUACCAGAUGCAAUUGACUUUGAAGAUGAAGAUGAAUUGGCAGAGGAUGAACUCCCUGAAGAGGAGCCUGUUCAGAAUCAUACAGAGAUAACUAACCAUACAGUUCUAACGAAGCAGACUACAUCUUCAGAUGAUCUAGAUGCUGAAUUAUUGCAUGCUACAUUUGGAGGAAUUAUCCCCACUAGUAAUGACUUUUCAGAUACAUUACAACAGAAUACCGAACAGAUAAUGGAUGGUAACUUACCAAAUGACGAAUUCCAUGCAGGUAACAAUGCUUUAUUCAUGGAAAUGGACCACAGUAAUCAUUUCUUUUCAGAUCAACAGACUAGUUUUAAUGAAUUUUCUAAGGAUAUUACUGAAGAACAUAUACAAACUGGCGUGGAAGAAUUUGGGAAUCAAGUUACAACAAUAGGAAUAAGUAAUAAUGAAUCUGACGAAAAGCAGCACCAAGAAGAACAAAGAGAAUUAGCCCUGAAGAAGAAUAGGGAAAAAAUAAAGAGAGACAAGUUACUAUUGAAAUAUUAUUUUCCUGACUUUAAACCAAAUAAAAUAAUAAAAUGGAACAGAGCAAUAUAUAGAAAAAAACAUGAAUAUCUGUGGCAUUAUAAUAAGCUUAAUAUUGAAGGUCUCGAUGAACUUUUCCCAACCGAUCUUAAAUUGCACGUUCAAACUGACCAAAAAAGAUUAUUUAAAUUAGACACAUCUACGAAUGAAAACUAUCUUACAAAUCCUCAUUCAAAAAAUAAGGUUGAUAGAGGUAUAGUCAAGGUCUCAAUCAAUGAAUUAUACCCAACAGAAAUCAAGAAACAAAAUAAGGAUGAAAAUCAACAUCAAGAAAUAUCCGAAGAUAUAUUAAUAGCCACAGACGAUUGGGACGAGGAAAGAAUGAUUAAUGGCUAUUCUUCUGAUGAAAGUAUACCUGUAUCAAAUGGCCAUGGUCCAUCCAAGAGGAUAUCAUUGAUAAAUAAAUUGCAAGAUAAAAAUAGCGAAUGGGAAUGGAAUGAAGAUGACCUAAUCGAUGCUAAGUUGAGGUCCUCAAGGGUUGCUGAAUUAGAUAUGAAUGAUGAACAGUUAUUGUUAUUACUAGAAAAUAAGCAGAAUGUCGAAUCGAAGAAGUUACGUGAUGCCAUGCGUUCUAGUACGUCUGUCAAUGAAAAAUUGAUUUUACAAAAGUUUAAAAUAUCCAACGAUGAGGAGUAUAAUGUAUUGAGAAGAGCACAUCAACCAAGAAUACGUGCCACUAUAUCCAACUUAAACAUCGAACACUCUCAACCAGCCAUUAAUCUACAAUCUCCAUUUUACAAAGUUAAUCCAUCUAGAGCAUCUUUAAGAUAUUAUCACAGACCUCGUUUCGGUCAACAUCUACGUCCCGGGAUGGUCAUUACGUUUAGUAAGCUGAAAACUAGAAAAAGAAAACGUGAUAAGGGUAAAGAUAUUAAGGAAUCAUUUGCAACAACUCAAGACUUAACUAUCGGUGAUACUGCACCUGUUUAUUUGAUGGAAUAUUCUGAACAGACACCAUUGGCAUUAUCUAAGUUUGGUAUGUCAAACAAAUUGAUUAAUUAUUACAGAAAAAUUAACGAUGGUGACAUGAUAAGACCAAAGUUGCCAGUUGGUGAAACACAUGUAUUAGGUGCGCAAGAUAAAUCGCCAUUUUGGAAUUUUGGCUUUGUAGAACCUGGCCAAAUUGUUCCAACAUUGUAUAACAACAUGAUUCGUGCUCCAGUAUUUAAACAUGAAGUUUCAGGUACUGACUUCCUUCUGGUUAGAAGCACGGGUAAUGGUAUCAGUAAUCGAUUCUUUUUAAGAAAUAUCAAUCAUUUGUUUGCAGUAGGUCAGACAUUUCCAAUUGAAGAAAUUCCUGGUCCAAAUUCAAGAAAGGUUACAUCCAUGAAGGCAACUAGGUUAAAAAUGAUCGUUUACAGAAUAUUGAAUAAUACACCAAGCAAAGCUAUAUCUAUCGAACCUAUUAAUAAACAUUUUCCAGAUCAAGAUUACGGUCAGAACAGACAAAAGGUUAAAGAAUUUAUGAAAUACCAAAGAGAUGGACCCGAUAAGGGGUUGUGGAAAUUAAAAGAGGGGGAACCUCUACUAGAUAAUGAAAGUAUCAAGAAAUUGAUUUUACCCGAACAAGUUUGUGAACUAGAAUCAAUGAGUCAAGGUUUACAAUUCUGGGCCGAUAAUGAAAACUUUAAUUUCGAUGAUGAAACGUUACAGCUAGAAGAGAGUCUACUGCCUUGGAACUCUACCAAAAAUUUUAUUAAUGCUACCCAAUUGAGAGCAAUGGUCCAAGUAAGUGGAUCUGGUGACCCAACUGGUUGUGGGGAAGGUUUUUCAUUCCUUAAGGCAUCGAUGAAAGGUGGGCAUUCAAAGAGUGCAAAUGGUAAAGGACCUGGAAGAAAGACUAAUAGUACUAGUGCGGGGCAUGGCCCUGGUGGAAUGACUCAACAACGUAUGUAUGAUCACGAAAUUUCCAGGACAUGGUAUAGACAUGCGAAAAGUUUAAGCAUCAAUAAUCCAUUUGAAGAGAUCAGUGCUCCGGAUUCUUCCAAUACUUCAAAUCGUGAGGUCAACAUAAAAAGGAAUGAUAAUAAAGUUUUGAGAAUUACUCGUAAGAAACGUGAUCAGAAUGGUAUUAUUCAGAGACAGACUAUUGUGAUCAAGGAUCCUAGAGUUAUAAAGGGUUAUCUGAGGGGUAAAGAAAUACGUAAACAAGCCAAUUUAGAUGUCAAUAGAUUAUUAGAAGAAGAUAACCCUAAUGUUAAUAAUGUGGAGGAUAUUGAAAUGCAAAAGAAAUUGUUACAAAACGAAUUAGCAUCUCUAGAAAAGUCGCAACAAAGAAGAGUUGCAAGACAGACAUCUAAGAAACCAAUUAUUGGAGAGGACGGUAAAGUAGUUAAAACAAGAAUUAGAAGAUGUGCUACUUGCGGGCAACCUGGUCAUAUUAAGACAAAUAAAUCAUGCCCGAUGUAUCACUUGAGAAAUAGCACUGGAGGAGACACUCCUGCAAGCACGGCUGCUAGUACUGGCCCCGGAACACCUGCCUACAUUGCACCCACCCCUGGCAGCACCACUGGCGAUCAGCAUAUAGAUCCGUAA